AUGGAAAACCAGCUAUGGUAUGAAGCCCUGGGGUGUUGCAACCCAUACCAAGAGAGCCCCCAGGAUACUGAGGACAUCCUAUUCCUGUUGCUAGGCCUCAUCAUUCUUGUGAACAUAAGUGUUAAUGUGGCAGCUAUGAUAUGGCAUGGGCUCCAGAAUGCCUUUGACAAGAUGUUCUAUCCGAUAAACCGCAAGUGUGAAGUCCAGGCUAGUAAAUGUCCUCCCAAAGACCCCCCAGCCACGAACAAGGACGUUCACAUUCGCUGCAUUCUGGACCCCGUUCAGGUAAAGAUGGCCCAACCCACACGCAGCUCCUCUUCUUCCUAUCACCAUCUCCGCAAUCGCUGCUGCCUGCAACACCGGCGACCCCGCCGCCGCCGCCAGCCCCGCCGCCGCCCCCGCUGCAGCCACCAGCCCAGGCCCAAGCCCAAGCCCCCCAGGAAAUUCUUCUGCAGCCGCCCCGUCUCCUGUGGCAGACUUCAGAGCCUCUGCAAGACGCCAAUGCCCUUUUAUGACACGGAGGACCGAGACUCCUGCUCGGAGGAGGGACACUCGCCUCCCCGGUGCCCACGGAAGGCCUGCGGACGGUUCUACAAGCCCGUGGCGCUGCCGUCCAACGUGGGGCUGUGGGGCCGCCAGGGGGGCAUCCUGGCCAGCCUGCCGCCGCCGUCGCUCUACCUGUCCCCGGAGCUGCGGCGCCUGCCCAAGCGGGUGGAGGCCAAGUCGGAGCUGCGGCUGCAGUCCUUCGCGCCCGGCUGCUCGCAGUCGCAGUCGCGCUUCUGGGGCGGCGUGGAGGAGCCGUGGCCGCCCUCCCUGCAGCCGCCGCGCCGGCCGCCCCCGAGCCCCGCCUGGACCCCGGCCGGGCACAGCCCCUACUCCUCGCGGGGCCAGGUGCUGUACGACGCGUGGGAGCAGCGCCGGCGCGGCGCGGACGGCGCGGACCCCUCGCCCGCCGGCGCGUCCCGGACCCUGCGGCUGGAGAGCCCGGGCUGCCGAGACUACCUCCCGCGGCCGUCUCACCACCGGGGCCUCCCGGGACACGCGCACGGCCAGCCCAGCCGCAGCCCGCACCCGUCCGCGGGCCACCUGUGCUACAGCUCCCGGGAUCCCCACGAGGCGCGCCGCAAGGCGGCCGACUGGGCCGACGCCCGGCACGCCCUGACCGCCACCGCCUCCCUCACGGUGCUGGGCGAGGCCGCCUACCCGCGAGCCCCGCCGGCCGGGGGCGCGCAGCCCUCUCACUGCCCCCAGCCCCAGUCCGAGGAGGCUCCGGCCGACCCGGUCCCGCUCGCCACCAGCUUCAUCCCGCUGAGUAGGAACCCAGGCGGCAAGGCCGGCUACCAGGUGUACGACAGCCUGGAGCUGAAGCGGCAGGUGCAGGAGAGCAGGGCUCGCGCCAGCUCCCUGCCUCCACCUUCCACCACGACGUCGAGGCCCUCGCUACACAGAAGCAGGGCUGGGAAACUUAACUCACCGGAAGGUGGAUGGGGGCGGUGA